AUGCGCAGAGAUGGGCAAGCCAGUGCAGUUACCAACACAGUCCUCCAGAAGCCAGAACCACCAAAUGAAAAUCUUGAGAAUUUGUCAACCACUAGAGAGUCAGUCCAAGAAGAGAUUGUAAACAAGCACAACCAACUGAGAAGAAUGGUUUCUCCACCUGGUAGUGACUUACUAAAGAUGCAAUGGAGCGAUGAUGCCCGAGUGAAUGCACAGAGAUGGGCAAGCCAGUGCACUUAUGAACACAGUCCUCCAGAAGCCAGGACCACCAAGAUAAGAUGUGGUGAGAAUAUCUUCAUGUCAAGUUAUCCAGCAUCAUGGUCUCAUGCAAUCCAAAGCUGGUAUGAUGAAGUCAAUGAUUUCAGUUUUGGUUCAGGUCCAAAUACAACUGAUGCAGUAGUUGGACAUUAUACUCAGGUUGUUUGGAAUACAUCUUUCCAAGUUGCCUGUGGAGUUGCUGAGUGCCCUAACCAACCAUUGAAAUUCUUGUAUGUUUGUCACUAUUGUCCUCCGUAAGUAUCCACUUCCAAGUC